AUGCCAAUCUUGAGUAAUUUCUUAAUUUCAAAAACUUAAGAUCAAAUAUUAGCACUUUUAUAAGUUAGUUAAAUUAAUUAUCUGAAUAGACUGGAAGUGAUGCUAUUGAUACAGUGUUUGGAUUGUUGAAUGAUUUGAAAUAAUCAAAUAUCGAUGCUUAAUUCGCAGCAGAUUAAAAGAAUGAAACAGAUGAAUGGGUUCGUGCUUAGUAAAUAUAAUUAAUUAAAUUUUAAGACAAUUGAAUAAUUCACUAAAAUCAAAGCCUUGA